GAGCAUCGUCGUCUACACGGCUUUAGAUUCGCGUUGCCUCCCAAAUCGUGAGACACAUUCGCUUCCUUGGUCUCUGACCUUUCCAGAGGAGUGUUGGUUCACAGGCUUCGGGAAGCCCCUGCCGCUUGUGAAUGCAGAUGGGACGACGGCAGAAAGUCAAGCCAACAGCUCUGUUCCCAUGCUCCACCUGAUUCGGUGGGCAGGUGCCUUCCUGCAGGGUCCGGGCAAAGGAUCUCAAACUGAUCUGGAACCACUUCUGCAGAUUCAACAAUUUCCUGGUCCGCCAAGAUUUGCUGAGAUCCGGAUUGAGAUUGCCCAAAUCGGCAACCGCUGUCCCUCAGAGGUUGAGUUUCAACCUCUUGGACUGGUUCAGACUACGGGCAUGGGGCCGAGCUACACUCCUCUCGGCUCGAGUGGCACUGCCUUGGAAGGG